AUGUCCUGUCCUCAUCCAUCUGAACUAGCAUUGGCAUUAUCUAUUGUCAAGUCCAAGCCACCUCACACAAGUAUUAAAGGUCAGGAUCUCUUUAAUAGAUGUGCAGUGCUUUACUUAUUCUACACAGACUAUAUUCUCGAUGUCAGGCGUCACAUUCAUGUGGGGCAACGGAAUAUUGUCGAUGCUACUGAAGAUCGCUAUCUGGACAGUGCUGCGUUCUGGCGGGAAGCAUAUGAAAAGUCUGAAGCCUAUCAAAGCCGCCUGCUUGAUAAAGUGUAUGAACUCGAACAACGAACUGAGGCGGUCGCCUUUAAGGCACGGGCAGAUGUAGAACACGGUGCUAUGUCAUCGAAAAGAAAGGCUAUUUGUGGUGUUUUCACAACCGAACCCCUCUCAUCAAAACGCUCAAAAACUGCUGGCGCCGCAAUAUCCAGCAAUGAUAAGCUUAGUUACUCUGAAGCCUCGAACCCUGUUAAGAGUUCUACAACGCCAUUCCUGCGGCGUUUACACCGACUACAAAAGCUUUUACAGAAAAAGACCGAGUCUGAGCAGUUAGCAAUUGCCUCGGCUGAUCUUUGUGUUGCCAUGGAGCAGCUUAUCGAUACCACGAUAUCCCAAAGACAGGCGAAGUCUAAGAAAGAGAAGGGAUGUCCGUUACAGCAAAAUCUCACCUUAAGAGACAUUUCGAUUGUCUUUGAACAGUGCUAUCCCAUCAUUUUUAGAGCGCUGCAAAGGUUAGCUGGAAGGGAAGAUGGAGCCUGCGCCUACGGCAUCAUUGUAUAUCGCCUGGUUCAUCUCUUUCAGUCGAUCCUCCUCCACCUCCAUCGUCAUACCCUGUUAAGGGCAAAGCUGUUAAUAUCAAGAGCAAAGUCAGUCUCAAAAAAGGCUAGACAGACAGCCAAGGCGAAACGGGAGAAUACAAUAGAGUCGCUGUCGCCCCAACUAUCACGAGAAGACAGCCGGCUACUGGAUACUGUCUCUCAGCUACUUGUAAAGAUGAUACUCCAAAUUACCACUGGGAAAAAUGACCACAGCGACUUGUUAGAAGGCUUUUUGUUUGUUCUACUUGAGCAUGUCGGCAAAGUUCUAGGAUCUUUGGUUUUCAAAGGCCUGAAGUCCGAUACCAGUCUUGCCGUGUGUCCAACUAGAUUGCCCAUUCCAUGCCCGGGCUUCCAGGACACAGAAAAUGGAACUAACGUAUCCAUCCUUGAGUGUGCUGCUAUGCUUCAGAGCAGACACCUUAUCUGCAUUCUUGAACACGCUCUUUCUAUCCAGUGCCAGGGCGAUAGCGCGAGUGGUUUUGUGGGGGCACACUCUUCUCUCCUGGUUCGCGGAAGAAAACGGAAGCUACAGAAUACGCUUCUUAAAGGUGUUUUCGGACAUGACGAUCCUACCCUGCAAGAGUCGUUGAAAUCAAGCCGUGAGAUUAAUCCAUCUCUUCCCACCGGCUAUUCGGACAACGACCUUGAUUCCCCUGGCUGUGAUAAGGGUGAUUGGUUUGUUCAAGAGGUGUGGAGACUUCUCGGCUGGGACUCUUUGGUUCAAAAUCAAAGCGACGAGCAACGUUCGAGCCCAGAAGCUUAG